AUGAACGAAUUUACUCCGAGAUAUUUGAUGUCAGAGCUAAAUGACAAUUUAACUCUCUUCAUGAAACGCGUAAAAAAUAGAGACGGAACGAAAGAAGAAAGGUUUAUGAGUCCGGAUGACUUAGAAAGGGAACUUGUUGAAAACGGUCUCGGAAUAUAUGAAAUGCCAGCAGAUGAGGUACAAGAAACUCCACAGGAAGAACUAGUUCAGAUACAACCAGACAUGGAAGAAAUAGUUCAGCAACAAAAGCUAGAAGAGCCUGAAGGAAACGAACAAGUCCUUCCUUUGGAAACUAACUUCACAGAACUAGAUGAAGAUUUGGAACAGCCGAAAAAUCUUGACCCUCAACAAGAGUAUGCGGAGAAUAUGGAAUAUUUCCAAGAGUCUAAAAAAAAUUCGGCUGACAUAGUAGAAGAAUAUCGAAAAAUGUUUGCCGACAUACAAAAGACUCCAACAUCAGAUGAAAAUAUCCAGCAUAGAAUGGAAGAACUGAAAAAAAAUGUACACAAAUACAACAACCCUUUUUACUUACGAGCAUUUAACGUUCAAUCUUCGGAUGAACUCGGUGAAGAUAAAAGGUUAAAUUUCAAGAAAACAUAUAGAAAUGAAACAUUGUUUAAAGUUCAUUCAGAACCUAACCAAGAUGGAAACAAACCUACUUUUGUUUCUGCAGACGAUGGAACUACAAUGAGAUGGGGUCAUAAAGCUAACCCGGAUAGGUGGUUCAUAAACUUACAACCUCAAUUCCAAGAAGUUGUAGACGCAAUGGAAGUCAAUGGUGAACCAGAUAUAGCUGGUAUUUUCAGCGCGGCUUUAAUGCCAUUGAAAGAUAUGAAAGAUGCAGAUAUUUUGGACCAGUAUGAAAUGAACAUGGCUGAUGGAAAUAUAACACCUGACGUUCUAGAACAUUUAUCUCAAAGAACUACACAGAACCAUAGAGAUGGUAUAUUUGGUGAAGAGUUUA